AUGGGUGCCCAAUCUGUUCUUUUUGUAUUACUUUCAAUAAGUCUGGAACAUUUUGUUAGAGGAGAAUUUCAACAUAGUUUAGCGAUCACAGAUAUUUUACCCGAAGACAUAAAACGUUACGAUAAAAUGCGACCGCCCAAGAAGGAGGGUCAACCGUGUAUAGUAUAUUUUCAUGUUACCGUUAUGGGUUUAGAUUCUAUCGAUGAGAAUUCGAUGACCUAUGUGGCGGAUAUAUUUUUUGCACAAACAUGGAAAGAUCAUCGUUUGCGGUUACCAGAGAAUAUGACAACUGAAUACCGUCUGCUCGAAGUGGAUUGGUUAAAAAAUGUUUGGCGUCCCGAUUCGUUCUUUAAAAAUGCCAAAUCGGUGACAUUUCAAACCAUGACGAUACCCAAUCAUUAUAUGUGGCUUUAUAAGGAUAAGACGAUACUUUAUAUGGUCAAGCUGACACUGAAGCUGUCGUGUAUUAUGAAUUUCGCGAUUUAUCCACACGAUACGCAGGAGUGUAAACUGCAAAUGGAAAGUUUAUCCCAUACCACAGAUGACAUGAUUUUUCAAUGGGAUCCCACAACACCACUGGUGGUGGACGAAAACAUUGAACUGCCUCAGGUGGCAUUGAUACGCAAUGAAACAGCCGAUUGUACCCAAGUCUAUUCGACGGGUAAUUUUACAUGCCUCGAAGUAGUUUUCACUCUGAAGAGACGUCUAGUUUACUAUGUUUUCAAUACCUAUAUCCCGACAUGUAUGAUUGUCAUUAUGUCAUGGGUAUCAUUUUGGAUUAAACCGGAGGCGGCUCCGGCCCGGGUUACACUGGGUGUAACAUCGCUGCUAACCCUAUCUACUCAGCAUGCGAAGUCUCAAUCAUCGCUGCCGCCAGUCUCCUAUUUGAAAGCGGUCGAUGCUUUUAUGUCCGUUUGUACGGUGUUCGUGUUUAUGGCCCUCAUGGAAUAUUGUCUCAUCAAUAUCGUGCUAAGUGACACCCCGAUACCCAAACCUAUAGCAUAUCCUCCAAAACCUAAACCGGAGGAAGAGAAAAAAGAACCGGAAAAGAAAACGGCACCAGAACCACCACCCAAGCCACCAUUGACCGAUGAGAAAAUUGAGAAAAUAUUCGAUGAAAUGACACGAAAUAAGAGGGUUCCCCAUACACAUACACGACGUGUUAUGCGGCCACCACUUGAUGCCGACGGUCCAUGGAUUCCCCGGCAGGAGUCGCGUAUAAUUCUAACACCCGGAAUUGCUCCACCACCGCCACCAAAACCACCAUCGCCUGAACCACCCAAACCGAAAUUGACACCCCAACAGCAACGUCUCAAACGAGCCAUCUACAUUGAUCGAACAUCACGCGUUUUGUUUCCCGCGUUAUUUGCCAGUCUAAAUGCCAUCUAUUGGAUAGUAUUUUAUGAAUAUCUUUAA